UCUCCUGCCCUCAGACCUCCGUCCGCCCGCUCCUCUCCUUCCGUCCGACCUCCCACCUUCCCACCCACCCCCCCUCGCACGUUCAUGACCCCCCUCCUCCCAUCCCAGUGUAGGGAAGCCUGGUUAAGACCUCCGUCUGUUCGCUUACACAAUUUGUCGCCCCACGUUGAUAUCUGGGUAACUUGACGUCUGAGUACCUGGUGGGGGGGCGUUGCCAGGCCCCUUGAGGCAUGUGUGUUGCAUCUGGUGUCGUUGAGCACCUUUGAGCUCCGUAGUGAGCGCCCAGCUAGACGGCUCACAGCCCGCCGAUAGAGCGCCCUGGAUCUCGAUACAGGUGAAGCCGAAAGAGAGAGUCCCCGAAGUUCAAGCCAAUUACCGGACUUCGAAGGGGGGGGUAUUUGAGCCCGGAGCUCACAGCAAGUUAAGAGCCCCGGUGCUCAGAUGGAGGCAGUGUGCGAGCGCGUACGUCGUGUCGCUGUUAUAAGUGAUGACGACCAAAUCGUCCCCGACUGCGACGACCACAUGAACGACUCUCACGACCAGACCGGCCUACCUUGGGCCUCCGUCUCUCAGACGGAUUUGUUGAGCUUACCUUCAGGUGCUCAGUUAAGCGCUAUGAUUUACGCGCGCAAUUUCUGGAGCCCUCCCAACUAUGGAGGUCAUGCAGGUGUAGACCCAAGAGAGUUUAUGAAUGCAAAGGCGGGCAGGCCCCCCUGGGGACACCCCUGCGAUGCUCAGGCCGAGCUGGACAAGUACCUGCCAAGCUUACCCGAGCCUCCUGCCCAGCCCCGCCGAGACUCCGCCUCUCAAAUCGACGAAUUCUUCGAGGGUGAGGUUGACCUGACGACGGGCGGGUGGGUGGCUGGGCGGCGGGUGGCGGGCGGCGCCACCACCUACGUCUCCAGCGUCAGCCAUCGCGACGCCCACGACGAGGACGUCUUCAUUAAGCCCGAACCCAUGACGUCAGUUGACUCAUCCAAGCUGACGAUGUGGGAGGAUGUUACAACCUCCAUUCAACACCUUGAUCCAGAACUCCACGAUUCUCACGGAGGGCUGCUGGGGUCCCCCGGGGGUCUUUUGGGGUCCCCUGGGGGGCUUCUGGGGUCCUCGAGGGGGGUUUACGCCCACAACGCCACCAUAAAGCUUGAAGAACCCUCGUUGUCACAGUGCCACCUGUCGGCCGAACUGCCCAAACUGCUCUCUACGCCAUCUCCACCCCCUCUCAUCAUGCCCCCCCGACUCACCCAGUCCUCAACCCCAACUUCCACACAUCCCGCCUUCAGAUACCCCUCCACCAGCACCCUGGGCACGCCCUCGAGGCUCUACAUGCCGCCCACACCGCCCGCGUCAGACCACGGAUCACCGGCGGAUCCACACUUCCGACGUACGCCGCCCCCGCCGUAUAUUGUCCCUGCGUCGCCCACGUCGAGCGGGGGCGUGGGCGGCAGUCCGGUAUGCACCACCAGCAUGGGCGGAGGUGGGCGGAGCAUGGGCGGCGGCAGUGCCAUCAUGCCAUCAGCGCCGUCGCUGCCGUCAUCGCUGCUGGGAGACCCUGGAGUCAAGUAUUCCCGAAGGAACAACCCCGAACUGGAGAAAAGACGUAUACACCACUGUGACUUUGCUGGCUGCACCAAAGUGUACACAAAGUCGUCUCAUCUCAAGGCCCAUCAGAGGAUCCACACAGGAGAGAAGCCGUACAGGUGUCGCUGGCCUGAGUGUCAGUGGAUGUUCGCGAGAUCUGACGAGCUGACCCGCCACUACCGGAAGCACACAGGCGCUAAGCCAUUCAAGUGUAAAGUGUGCGAGAGAUCCUUUGCCAGAUCUGAUCACCUCGCCCUCCAUAUGAAGCGACACAUGCCCAAGUCACAGAAAUAGGAGAAGAGGAUAGCCAACUGGUUAUCAAUGCUCUCCCACAAGGACCUGUUGGGGAGGGAGGAGGGAGAGAUGGCCGGCCACUGUUUUUAGUGAAGAGCCCCCUUCAGAUGUUCUAAUGUAAAGAAAACGGGCAGCGACUUCAGGAUACUUCAAUGCCCUGAGGAACCAGGAGCGAUGCCCUGGCUGCAUUGCUUAUAUGGACAUAAUCCUUCAUUAGGCGAAUGUCAUGGUGUCUAGGCAUUCGAAGAGCCAUUUUGUAAUUAUAUAUAUAUUAUUACAGCUUGUUUGUACUAUUUAAUGAAUAGGUAAGGCUUCCUUGUCGCCUCAACUACUGCAAAACUUUGUAAAUGUUAUAGAGAACUCCUGCACUAAGAUGAUCCAUCCUCGACCAGCUCUUCCCUACACAGUCUUACGGGGUACAAACACAACACACAGCAAGCCAAGUUCUACGGUGAACAGCACAUACAACAAAAACGUGGCCUUGAAUCAUCUCCACUUACUCAUGUGAGUUUACGCUUCCAUAGGUUGUUGUGACCUUUACACGCUGUGUUCGACUUGUCUGACCCAUGACACUCCGACCGUGCUGAUUUUCUGUAGAAAACAGAACCUUGGAUUUCACAUGACUAGAGCUUCCUGACUCGCUGACUUCCUGACUCGCCCAUUGCCCUAUGUCAGUUUCGUAGUCAUAUUUCCAGGAUUUCGAUGAGCAGCCACGCAUUUGCUAUCUCUAUCCUUGUUAUUUUGCCAGUCAUUCAGUCUCACUGUCCAUCAUUAUUUUUCUUAGAAUGUGCCAUUAUUUAUAGUUAACAUUAAUUUUCUAAGACUUUACUCACUUUUCUAAUGUUCAUUCAUUAAUUUUCAUGCAUGCUCCGCAAAUUUGAUAUCCAAGAUAUUCGAGGCCUCGUAUCGAGUUCCUUAUCUUAACUCUAAUCUACAUGCACGUCUUGGGUCACCCAUGACGCUUGCUCUCAACUUCCGUCCCAUCAAUUUCCAGCAGAUUAUACAAAUAUACGCCUUCACUUAAGCUAUAAUUAUUAUAAAAUUUAUACAAAAUUCUAAAAUCUUUAAAAAUAAUUAUCUUACAUUUAUUAUAUUUAUUGCUAUUUACUGCUGCAGUGAAGUACAUUUGCUUGGUUGGCAAAUCUCCAUGUCAGCGAUAGUAGACAGAACGGAAAUGACUCGAGAAUGAGUCUUUUUUUUCUCUCUCUCUAUUCUUCCCAGAAACAACACCCGGCAGCUCUUCACGACGACACUUAUGUCAACACUUUUGUUUCUAUCCUAAAGUUCAUAACUCAUUAUUCAUAAACAAGUUUGUUGUAAAAAUAAGUCUUUUAUAGCGAGUUUUCAUAAAUCUAGUAGUCAGCAGUAACAAAAUUAUAGUACCUUGCUAGAGAGAACAUUAAGGGCUAGAAUAAUUGUAUACUUAUUUUCCUCAAUAGUUUCGUCUUAGGAGAUUACAUUAGUCACGAAUAAAAUUCAAGACUGCUUUGUAAUUGCUGUUUGGUCAGGAAGCGAUUCUGUGGUAGUCGUAUUAACCCUUCGAGUGUGUGACAGGUUCAAAUCCCAUAAUAAUGUCACGGGACAUUAUUAUACAAGUAGUUUCGUUGAUCUGUGUAAAUAUAAAGAUAAAAUACUUCUUCAAUCUUCAUCAGUCUUGACCUCUGACCUAAGCAGUCAGUAUUUCUGUAACUCCUGACGCUCGUUUAAAACAAUAAAUUCCUCAAGGAUAUAAUUUCUCUUUCUCUUUCUCUCUCUCUCACACACACACACACACACACACACCCUAUCCCUUAUGCUUGUGGCCUACUUGACGACAUGAAUGUCUCCAGAAUGAGAUUUACAAAUCUGCCCGUUCAAAUGACUUCUGUUCUUGCUUUGUAGGCCUCCCAGUCUAUUGAUUUCAAGUUGAAGUCCCCCAGAGCUAACAAUCAUGACUUAUCUUUAUCUGCUUAUAAUAUAAUCUCUCUCAUGACCAUUAUGAGACCCUCUCGUUUGUCAUCUAGUUCCUCUUUUGUCCAUGUGUUGCAUGAUGGUGGGCUGUAGGUCCACCUGUGUGUGUGUGUGUCGACACUCGGUCAAUGAUUUAUCAAGCGUUCCAUAUCAUGUGCAUAUUUUAAAAUAUCUUGUGUAUCUUGAUAUAUACUGUGUACCCUGACAGAUCUUGUGUGUCUUGAGUGUGCUGUCUCGUGGUUGGGUGUCUAGCUUCAGGUGACACUCUGACCUUGGUUGUGCCCACAUGUGCCAUUUUCUUUAGUUCGUAUUCUCUUCGGUGCCAUGACGAAGAACCCGUCCAUACAUGUGCCAUACACUUUGCCCACUUGUACAGAAAAUGGUCAUACAAGUAAAGAAAACGAUUCCACAUGAUGUCCACUUGUAUAGAAAAUGGAGAAACAUAUUGCCCACUUAGAAAAUGGACAAAAACGUCGCCCAGUUGUAUAGAAAACGGACAUGCAUGUUAGCUAUUUGUAAAUAAAACGGGCAUACACACUGUCCACUUUUAUAGAAAACGAGCGUGUGUGUUAGCUAACUGCAAAGGAAACGGGCAAACACGUUGUCUACUUGUAAAAAGAAUAAGCUGCAAGUGCCUUGUUAACCUUGUGUGUAGUUUUAAGAGCAGUUAUCUAUGCACUUGCAUAAUGGUGCAAUGCCUGUGCCAAAUUGUUAGUGAUAUUUUGUGUCCGUGUGUUCGUCUUAAUUUUAAUUAUUAUAAGUUGUUAUUGUUUUUGAGACGUGUGUGCGAGUGUUUGUCUCUCAAAUAUGUAAAGUUAGGUAGCCAUUUGUUUUAGUGCCAUAAUUACUAGUUUCAUCAUAACUUUAUUUUAGUCUUUGCAAUCUCUAGGCUGCAUAAAUUAUUCUUCACAACAAUGAAACCUUAGAAGAUCAAAUUAUCAACAUUAUUCCUGUACAUUUGACCCGAGGUGAUGUUUUCGGUGUUAUAUUUGACUCAAGGUUGUAUUUUCUGUGUUUAAUUUAAUUUAUGUGUAAACUAUUUUACUUGUGGGAUUUAAUUAUUUGUUCGCAUUUUCGUAUACUGUUAAAUUAUGUAUCCAAUCAAACUUGUUAAUUGUUUUCACAGUUAAUGUGAUCAUUUAAAAUUAAUGUGAUCAUUUAAUGAGACCACUGUAACCAUUGUUACCUAUUUUUGCAAAUCCAGUACAGUACUUGAUUAUGUUAAAUUCAGGGCUUCAUGAUCAUUUUAAAUCUAGACUACAUGUUUAAUAAUACUAAUCUUAAUAUGUUAAUUACGUUCCUUAAUCAUUAAAAAUUGUAUAUUCAGGCCCCCCCCCCAUCAACUAUGUUAAGCUAUGACUGUGUUAAAUUCCCCAAGCUGUGUGAUAAUUCAGCUACUGGGCCAGAUCUCAUAAAUUCUGGCCCCUUUCCCCAACUCUCUGGUUGUGUUGAGAAUAGCGACCUGGUGCGGCUGGAGGGAUGCAAAAAAUUAUGUAAAUGACUAAAUAUUACAAGUGUUGAAGAAACUGUUGAAUAAACUAAUUUGCAUAAAUAUUUGUCAGGAAGUGAUAGUAACGAAUUUUUUUUUCACUAGCAUUACAAUUUUGAUUAAAAAAUUAUAAUUUCGAGUUAAACAUUAGAAUUAGUAAAUUCUUAGAACAGAAGUCACUAAAUUUAUAUUUGAACUGACAAUGAAAUAAUAGUCGAAAUAAAUAAGUGUAUCAUUCAAUAGUAAUAAUAACAGUAGAUGAAUUAUUAUCAAAGGCAGUGCAGCAGUAAUAUUAGUUAACAGUAAUAAACUUUCUGUUUACAGUAUAUUAUAUAUACACUAGUUUGUCCCAAAGACCAUUAUCAAAUGCCUUGAUAGCAAAAUGCUUGUAGGGAUGUAAAUAUUUUUAUACUUAUAGGUCGAUACAAUUAAGACAUUGAGCUUACUGUCAAGCCCUGGCACUCUCCAGCCCUCCUGAUCCUUCCAGCGCCCUAACAAACCUUCUGAGCUGUAGUUCGGAAGGUAAGGGUGUCUUGGAUGUUGCCUCUCCUCACUCAUAAGUGACCUCCCAUUACUCUACCGCCCGUCCAAGGUUGUGUUCAUACCCCAUUAUGAAAGGGACUUCAGGGAGAAGACGCUAGGACUACUAUCAUGGCGAUUCAGUUUCGCAAAUCUAACCUUUGCGAACUCGCGGGCAAUUUAUGCCCUCGAGUCCCUGGGUAACUUGCGGCUUCUCCCUGCAGGUGUGUUGUGACCAGAUCCCUUCCAUUCCCCCAAUAACCACCCCGUCCCGGGAGUCGUCCAGCUCACAGCACAAAAUAUGUGUUAAAGAGAAGUGUACAAAGAGAAACAAACACAUUUUGGCGUCCCCCGCCAUUGUAACUUGGUAAUGAGCUUUAGUGAAGGUUCUGCCGCGACGGACCCGCUGCCCCUGGCUGGUCCGGGGGGCGGCGACCCCAUCCUCGCCGGCAGCCUCUCCUUCAUCGUUUCUCUGCUUAUCCCCCGACGACAGGGCUCAGGAGGUCAUCCUUCAAAGUCUUCUACUCCUACCACUUUGCCUCCUGCUGCCCCUUCGUCGGUAUCAGCAGCUACGUGGCUAGGGUGUCUCAGGUCGCGUGAAUUGUCCCCCUCCCUCUCACUCUUAACCAGCCUCCCUCUCACCCUUAUCCAACCUCGCUCUCACCAUUUUUGGGGCUCCCUCUCACCCUGCUUAUCUUAUUGUAGCCUCACUCUCACCCUCAUUCAGCCCCUCUCUCACUUUUAUGCCUUUCCUGGCUCUCUCUCACUCUCACACUUGAAAAGCUUCUCACCCUGUCAUCAGUACCAAAAACAUUACGUAGGUCUUUCUACACGCACCCGACACCUCAGUUCCUGCCCACUUCUCUCACUCUCUGCCUACAUAUACCACACCCCACUCCGUACACACCCUGUCGUACACCCCUCACUCCGUAUACUGUCGUACACCCCCCAAUCCGUACACACCUUGUCGUACACCUCCCCUCCAUACACACUGUCAUACACUCCCCCUCCAUACACAUUGUCGUACACUCCCCCUCCAUACACACUGUCGUAACCCCCACUCCGUCCACACUCUGUCAUACACCCCUCCCCUCCCAACACGCCCAUCACUCUCCCACCAAGAUACAGAGAACUCCUUGCUACCAUCGCCUCACCCAGAUUCACAGAAGACAUUUUCUAUGAACUUCGACAAGCUUAUUUAUGUAGCAAAACCUGUUCUUUCCUGUGAGGGAAUACCAUGAGUACAUCCAUAAGCUCUCUCUGUCUCCUAGCCUAGUUAAGUUUGCUAUAUGGUGUUGGGAUUUAGUGGUAAUUAGUGGUUUAAGAUUAGCAAUUAGAGCUCAUAUUCUCUCCUCCAAUUUACUCUUACUCUUGACUUCUGUCACCAUUUCAUUCAGCCUAUUUGAUAAUUAUCCUUUCAUCCUCUCCCUCCCUAUCUCUCUGGGGCUCCAAGGGGGAGCACUGACCCCUGUGACUAACAGAGGGUGAGUGCCCCCCUCGGGGCUCACUAGGGGGUCACUACACCGGUCUGGGCAAACAGCCACACUUGUUAUUUCGUUCUUGUUGUUCUUGUUUACAAGUCUGUGGCCCAGGCAAACACCGUCGUGCCUCCCCCCCCCCCCCUGAACGCCCCGUUCAACGAUCCUCCCUCUCCACCCACGCCUCUAGUGGGCGUGAGGGGCUCGUGUGUUGGCGUGUUAGCAAGAGGGCGCGGGGGGUGGGCACUUGUACGUGGUUGUGUUGCAAAAUUGGGCAGUAGUUCCGGGGCUUCUGCCUCCGUCACCUUCUGAUUGAAGGUUUACGCGAGGUAAUGCCAGUGUGGUCAACGCCAGGUGGUGCCAGUGGUGCUCAUCGCCAGGCAGUGCCAGUGUGGUUAACGCCAGGUGGUGGUCAACGUGGGUGACCACCUGGGCUCAGUGAACGCCACAUGUAAGAUGAAUACCGGUUUAUAGAGAUACAUUUAUUUUGUAAA